AUGGAGAACGAGUUCACAAAAGAGUGGAAGAACAAGGAGAAGCUCUACUUCUUCCAGUUCUUCGAAAGGACCCAUGGGAGCCAUAUCCUAGAAAUUUCUCAGGGUCUGCAGAGUAUCCCAAGUUUCGACUCCAAGUCAAAUUACUUGGUAAUAGAUACGAAGAAAUAAUAUCCACUGAGAUAUUGAAGUCCUGUCGCAUAAUAUUUAUUUUUGGAUUGGAGCCAAAAGCGAAAAAUAUGAGCGCAACUACCGGCUAUUAAUUGAUAGCCUCUGGGUUGUUAAAGACCAGAAGAGCAUUUUUAUAGAGCACCAGUAUAAUGAAAGCUUACAAUUCUUGAGUAAUUUUAGAAGAAUGACUAAGGAUGCAAAGGAGCAUUUUUAUGCUAUCCAGUACUUUGAUGUCACACAAGUGAAAGUCCAUCCAAAGAUAUUAUGAUUUGAGCAGAUUAAUACCAAAGAUGAAAGCAGUAAAGCCUUCUUUAGAAUUUAUGAAUCGGCUCCUUUAGCAGAGACAGCUCUGAGUUCAGAUAAUUUGUACCUAUUUUAUGAUAAAGAUCAAAACAAAAUAAUCCUUGAAACUGGAAUUGCAGAGUUACAAGAUUUGUCGGCUGUGAAGAAAGAAAAUAAUGAAUCAGCAGGGAAGGGAAAGAACCAUUCCUAUUCUCAGAUCAUGAAAUCUAAUGAUUUCUCGGAGGAUUUACUCACAUUUGUUAAUAUUUACCUGCUAGAUAUGAUCAAACUCAACCCAGAUCUUACCUUUGAGACUCAAGAUAGAGAUGAAUUUUGGGAGAGGAUAGAUGCUGAUUCUGCUCGAAUGCAGAAUUUAGAAUCCCUUUGGCCAAAAGAAGACAAAAACAUUGACAUAGAUCAGCAAUAUGAUGAGGAUAUCUCUUCUGGUCUUGUUUUCAACAUGAACAACCCUCACUGGAGGCUCAAAUCUCCAGACGAGAUAGAUCAAACUUUUGAAGAUUAUGAAAAUGUGAAGUUUGAUAUAGAAAAUGAUAUGGAGAUCAAUUUCCAAAGAACAGAAGAUGUCUUUGAUCCAGAUGAACUCAGCAUUUACAGAGUUAGUGUCACGCCCCUAACAGAAGGGUCUAUAAUCAAACAGAUAGAAGGAAUAAAGAGGAAAUACGAGGAUGAUGUUGAGGAGGAAGCCGACCUCCUUGUCAAAGAUUUUGAGAACCAGAAUGAGAUCGUAUUCAUACGAACAAAUCUUGAUAUUUUUGAUAAUCAGCAAGUCAACAGCAACCAGAUCUUUAUUGUGUCUUCCCCGUAUACUAUCUACUUGUGGAUAGGUCAGAAAGUAGAAAACUGGAUGAUAAAGGGUUCAAUAUCCAUAUUUAGGAAAUUCUCAUACGAAGUGAGAAGUAUCCCAUUGACAUUCUAUCCAUCUUAUACAGAUGAGGAACAAAAUCUUGGAACUCCAAAUCUUCAAAUAAUUUUUAAGAACUCUGAACCAUCAAGGUUCCAGAAACUAUUUAAGAAUUGGACUGAAGUGAAAUUUCCAUACCUGAUGUUAAGAGCAAAUUCUCAUUACACUCCCCGAGGAGCUUCAUCCGCAAACAAUCCGAGAUGGAUGACAAUGACAGGUCGUCUCUCUAAGCUUGAAGAAAUUCGGGAAGAAAAAUAGCACAGAUGAGGAAAGAAAAACCAAAACUUUUACGGAAGAAGACCUUAAAGUUUUCAAAAAUUCUGUGACAAAGAAGCAUAACACUAAAGGAAUUUCUAGUCUUGUCAAUGUAGAUAUUUCUUCAGCUCAGAAAAGCCAAAUGGAGAAGAACCAAGAGGUUGAACUUACUUUAGACCAAGGAGUUAUGAUUAAAUCAAUGUUGAUGAAAUACAAGCCUGAAAGAAUCUUCUGUACUUUACCAGGAGAUAUUGGCCUAGAAUGAAGAAAGAUUGCCAAAAGCAGGAUUUUCCAAUUCGAAAUUCAGGGAUCUAAGUACUCCAAAUACAAAAGUGACCUUGAGAAGGGAAUCUUUGAGCGUAAUAUGUCUUACUUCAUUGUUGUCCAUAAAAAUGUAACUAACUCCAAAAGUUUGGGGUUUAAGUCAAACUAUGCUGUUUUCAUGUGGAGAGGAGAAGAUGGACUCAAUGUCACUAAAAAUGCCAUUGGAAAAUUCAUUAAUACAUCCUUCAAGGAAAUGAAAAUCAAGACUGAUAAAAAUAGUGGAAGAAUAAACCAAAAGAAAGGAUCAAUGCUUGUCAAUAAGCCUUCUUCUCUUUUAAAAAAGAGAGUCACUGUUUUUGGAAAAGCAGCUAAAUUAGAAAGCUUUGGAAUGGAAGCAGAGGAAGAAACUUCAAAUGUACUUGGAAUCAAGAAGAUUCUCACCCCACUACGUAAUUUUUCAGAUAAAGGAGGUGACUCUGAUAACAUUGAUAACAUACUUCCACUAGUUGAUAAUGAAAACUCUGUCGUAUCUCUGAGAUCAAUGGUUACUGCUGACAAUGAGCCUCAUGCAUUUACAACUUUAUUCUCUGGGUCAAUGGUUGUUAGAUCCUAUGACUUCAUUAAAUACGGAACUGACAAUGAAUUUGGGAAUGUAAUGCUUUAUCAGCUUAUUGGAGUACCAUAUAUCAACCAGAAAGCUGUUGAAGUUCCUGUAGAAUGGGCUUCUUUAUCUACUACUGGACUUUAUAUUAUGUUUGCUGAUGACCACAUUUUUUACUGGAUAGGAAAAGACUACUUUGCAAAAUACACAACUACAAAAUAUCUCAUGUCUGAUGAAAUGAUGAGAAAGCUCAAUUAUAUUUAUGAGGAAGAAGCAUCCGAACUUAUUAGUGAUGAAAAGAACAUUCAUUAUAUCUUACAAGGACUUGAGACUGAACUAUUCACCCAGAUCUUAACUAAAGAAGGAGAAAUUGAUAUUGAAAUGCCUGAUUAUGAAUCCAAGUUGAUUACUCAGAAUGUGAUUCUCCCAACUCUCCCUCGUUGAUAUUGUCUUUACCAGAGUGGACUAUUCCCUAAAUAUUCUGAAGCAUUAAUUGAUGAAAGAAGACAUGGAGUUGAGAACGAAAACUUGAUUUUUAAAGAAAUCUUAAAUUUUGAUCAACUCACUUUGCACCAGAAGGGAAUAUAUUUAUUCAUGCUUGAAUCAGAUGCAUACAUUUGGAUUGGAUCAAUGGUUCUAAGAGAUGAUUUAUUCUAUAUCUUUUCAAAAAUUCCUAUAAAAAUUAGAAAUGAAACAAACUUACAUAUUGUUUAUGAGUUCUACGAACCAGAAAUCUUCACUCAGUUAUUCCCAAGCUGGAACUCAAGAACAAGACUGCAUUUAUGAGCUGAGGUUGUUCACCCAAUGGACCAAAUGCUAGAAUCAUUGGAAGAAGUAAAAGAAAAUUCUAAUGAUUCCGACCAAGAAUCACAUGAAGAGUCUCAAAUUUCAGAACAAUCAGUUGAUGAAGAGAACAGACAGACAGCAGUAAUGCAACAAAUCGAGAAAGAGACUGAAGAACAUAGAAGGAUCUUUCCUGUAGAGUACUGGAAGAAGAUAUUUAGCUCCUAUAGCUAACUCUUAAGUAAAAUAUUCAACUC